UUUUGAUAUUUUGACGUUUAUGGUAGUGUUAUCUAAUUCCAAAAUGUGAACAGGUAUUCCCGUGUGAUCAUUUCCCCAAAUAAUGCAGAGUGUUUUUUAUUGUGAUAAGGGAUAACCCAGCUGUUAAAACCAAAAAAAUGUUAAGUCCCGCAGGAAAAAUCUCGUUGCAAAGUUUCACCGGAUCGUCGCUCGUAUUUUUCGUAAUCUGCAUGUUUAAUCAUUAUUACGGCAUCACAAAUCUGGUGGUCAACACCUUGAUUGUGUUUUUCUACGCCGUCAAUGUUUACUUUUUCCUGAAAUUCUUCUAUAACGAGUUUGCUUUCGCGAUCGCAAUACGUGCCGCUUUUUUGGGCCUGGUUCUGGUUUUGGGACUGUAUAUUAAGCUAGUCGCGCCCCCGAACAUCCAGAUUUUUGGGGGCUAUAUGUCCGUCAUGGCGUUGUUUCACUACAGCGAGUUUUUGGCCAUUGCGAUUGUGCAACCCAAGCAGGUUUCAACGGAUUCGUUUGUGAUAAAUCAUAGCCCGCAAUACACAAUCGCUGCAGUGAGCUCGUGGGUGGAGUUUUUCAUUGAAACUUACUUUUUCCCUGGACUUAAAGAAAUUCACUGGCUUUCAAACAUUGGUUUAUGCGUUUGCAUUCUUGGCGAAGUUUUACGUAAAACGGCGAUUCUCACAGCUGGUUCGAAUUUUAAUCACUUGGUCCAAUGCGAAAAAUCAAGCGAUCACGUUUUGGUCACCCAUGGGGUGUAUGCCUGGUUUAGACACCCGAGCUACGUUGGGUGGUUUUACUGGUCAAUAGGGACGCAAAUAAUCCUAAUAAAUCCACUUUGCAUUCCAGCUUAUACUCUUGCAAGUUGGAUGUUUUUUAAAGAGCGAAUUUAUAUUGAAGAAAGCAUGUUGUUGAGCUUCUUUGGUCAACAGUACUGUGAUUAUCAGCAACAAGUAGGGACUGGUAUUCCCUUUAUUGAGGGAUAUAAAAUAUAGGAAGCUGAAAUGACUUAUCAUUUUUAUCUACUGUAAACGCAGCACAGCUUCCUUGAUAAACGAAGGAAGCUAGUAACUGACCUCUAACGUGGCAAAAUGAGUUACUUUCUUCAUUUAUCUAGAAAGCUGUGAAACACAGUAUUAUGGAAGUGUCUAGGCCCCAAGCGACUAGCGACUAAAUGUUUUAAGUUGGUGCCAGAAUCCUGAAGCAUUCUAAUCUUUUUAUAUGACUUAUUUUUGUUGUUACUACUAAUUCUACAAUAAAGAUAUAUUUUACGUCA